AUGGAAGAACUUAUGGCCAAAAUUGAGGCCAACGAUACCCGUAUGAAGUACCUAGAGAAACGGGAUCUUGAGUUCACGAAUCUUAAAUCGGCGGUAUCUCAAAUACAAAGUGAUAUAAACAAACAGGCUCAAAAUAUUCUGUUAAAUGAAAUUGAGUUGAUUGGAAUCCCGGAGUCUCCAGCAGAGAAUUUGCAACAUACUUUUCAGCUUGCAACUAAGAAGCUGGGUGUCGAACUGGAUGAGAAAGAUGUAGACUGGAUCACUAGGGUGGGGCCUCGCCGUUCUGCAGUUCCUCCUAGCUUAACUGAACUUCAAAAUAGGAUGCCGCGACCAAUUGUUGUUCGUUUGCUGCGUAGAUCUAAGCGUGACGAAAUACUAAAAGCAUCUAAAUCACGUAGGAAUAUAAAAAGUAAUGACUUGGAUGCCCCUGGAACACCACAAAAUAUAUAUUUCAAUGAGAGGCUUACUAAAGAAAAUAGAAUCUUAUUUCGAGAUGCUAGAAAUAGAGCGAAGAAAGAAGGGUACGCUUAUUGUUGGUGUAACCGUGGCGCUAUAUAUGUCAGGCGGCGUGAGGGGAAUGCAGCAGUGCAACUGCGAAGCCAAAGUGAUCUGGAUCGGUUAUUUGCUAACACGAAAACUACUGUCUGA